UGGAUCUCAUGCUCGUCUACACAAGUGCGAGGUUUCUGCUAUUGUGGAGUCAAAAUGGCGGCUUGUGCAUCUGUUGAGGUGGUCCAUCCCACCUGACUCGAGCACAAGAUGGCAGCUUCAGUGGAAGACGAGUUUGAAGAUGCGCCCGAUGUAGAGCCGUUAGAGCCUACAUUAAAGAAUAUCAUCGAGCAGAAAUCACUGAAAUGGAUCUUUGUUGGGGGUAAAGGUGGCGUGGGCAAAACCACAUGCAGCUGCAGUCUGGCGGUCCAGCUAGCGGCAGUGAGAGAGAGCGUUCUCAUCAUAUCCACAGAUCCAGCACAUAACAUCUCUGAUGCCUUCGACCAGAAGUUCUCCAAGGUGCCCACCAAAGUCAAGGGCUACGACAACCUCUUCGCAAUGGAGAUUGACCCCAGUCUGGGUGUGGCAGAGCUGCCGGAUGAGUUCUUUGAAGAGGACAACAUGCUCAGUAUGGGGAAGAAGAUGAUGCAGGAAGCCAUGAGCGCUUUUCCUGGCAUCGACGAGGCCAUGAGCUACGCCGAGGUCAUGAGGUUAGUGAAAGGGAUGAAUUUUUCAGUGGUAGUGUUUGACACGGCCCCCACUGGACACACUCUUCGUCUGCUUAACUUCCCCACCAUCGUGGAGAGAGGACUGGGCCGUCUCAUGCAGAUCAAGAACCAAAUCAGCCCCUUCAUCUCACAGAUGUGUAACAUGUUGGGCCUGGGAGACAUGAAUGCAGAUCAGCUGGCAUCUAAACUGGAGGAGACGCUCCCCGUCAUCCGCUCAGUCAGCGAGCAAUUUAAAGACCCGGAGCAGACGACGUUCAUCUGCGUGUGCAUCGCUGAGUUCCUCUCUCUGUACGAGACGGAACGUUUAAUUCAGGAGCUGGCCAAGUGUCGCAUCGACACGCAUAACAUUAUUGUCAACCAGCUUGUUUUUCCCGACAUCGAGCGGCCCUGCAAGAUGUGUGAGGCCAGACACAAGAUUCAGUCCAAGUACCUUGACCAGAUGGAGGAUUUAUAUGAAGAUUUUCAUAUUGUAAAGUUGCCUCUGCUGCCUCAUGAGGUUCGAGGAGCGGACAAAGUCAACACCUUCUCCAAGCAGCUGCUGGAACCCUACAUCCCCCCGAAGUAGUGACUUAAAUGAUUUCCACUGAUUAAACCAACGCAUGCACACACACACACACACACACACACACACACACACCAUCACAUCUCUUCUCCCCUGCUGUUCUCUGCUUCAUAAUCCCUCUGGGGUUCUGCAUCAUCACCAUCAUCCUCAAACAGAGAAAACCUAAUGAAUGAUUUGGUUCCUGAGUCCACAUCUUAAUACACACUUUCAACGGCCCCCCUCUCUCUCUCUGUUUUCCUGGUCAAGUAAUAACUGAUACCUCCUUGUUUCUCCAGUGGUCUGUAAUUAAUGUCUGCCUUUGAAGCGGCCUGUUUAGAAACAUAAAAAUAAUCUUGAUGGUUUACGUUGCUUAGUGGUGAUGGUAAAUAUUUUAAAGCAUAAGAAAAUCACUCAUUCUUGAUGUGUAUACCAGAAAGAAUAUUUAGAAUAUAUAUACAGCAGCACAGAAAUGUACACCUGGACUCCGAUUUAGCCAGUCUUGACCAUUGGUUAAACAGGUCUAGGAUCAGUGUAAACGUCUGUCACUACUUCAGCUUGACCUAGUACAUCUGACUCUGGAUCAGUGACACGGUCAAGCUUUUUUGUUUUGGAUUCUGGUUAAUAUUGAUAGUCUUUAUUUUGCUUCUGGUCAGUAUUGCUGUCGGUGGUUGAGAGCGGGUCCAAACCUUGGAGAUGGCACACUGAAACGAUGAGUUUGUUAUCUUUAGGAGAUGUUGUUUAAGGAAUAGUUCACCCAUUUAGCUUUUACUAUUAUUAACCCUAAUGUUGUUCCACACAUAUAUGCUUAUAACAUGACAUGAGAGUUAAUAAUGACAGAAUACUUUUUUGGGUAAAUUAUUCCUUCAGACUGGUCACAUUUAAUCCACUUUUAUUUGCAGUGAGGCAGACUGUAAUUACUCAGUACAAACAUUGUGAUUAAAUGUAUCUAAUUAAAUUUUUGCAGUUUGGUAAAGUGAUGUAUUUAUAUAGACUUAUAAUAAUUAAGGUCAUGUCCGUUUAGUUCUUCUAUUAUAUUACAUUACUAUAAUUUGAAAGAUUUUUUUUUUUUCUGGUUCUAAGACACAAUAUAUAUGAAGAUGCGUUCAGAUCUCUCGUUAUACCGCUCACUUGUUUCUCUUUUUUCCUCUCCUAUUCAUUUUUUACUGUAAUUUCCACAUGCAUCAAAAUGUUGGAGCGCACUUACAUUAGCACUACAAGGAGAUCAGAUGUCAGUUUAAAGUCGCUUUCAGACCCAUUGCAACCUUUCAGCCAGCAAAGCUGUCUCUCAGUAGUAUAACACACUAGUUAUGACAUUUAUCAUGUGUGUUUUCCUGCUUUGUAAGCCGCACAAAUUGUCAGUCCAAGGGAUUUGGAUCUUUUAUCAGUCAGUUUUCCUAAAGCUUCUUCUUUCUCUCUGUUACUGCUUUUGUAAAUUGGGCUUCUUUUUGUAUGUUUCAAAGCAAAAACUGUAUUAAAUAAAUACUUAAAUAACACUA